AUGUCGAUUCAAGGCUCUACCGAUCAAGGACAAGACUCGAAUCAAGCCACACUGAGAGUAGUGUCAACAAACCAAAGCAGAGAUUUAAGAAGGUCAGCUGGAACCAAUCGAUCAAGCACGAGUUCACUCGGUCGUGCUUCAAUAGCAUCUGGUCUUCGAAACAGGAAUUCCAAUAGACGCCAGACACAACAAAGCAACCAAAACCAACCUUACACCACUGGCAGAGAUCAGAACGGUAGACAGCUGUUCACCUUGGCGGGUCCCGAUUUCCAUGAUGGCGAACAAAGUGGCCGCUCACAAAACCAACAUCAACCUUACGUGGAGCCGGGAUAUAUUGAACUCAAUCCGGCAUACGACCAACCUGGGAAUGUACGACCGAUAUGGGGACUGGCAGACCCUAUGCCGCGUGUUGUGCGUCGCGGUAUGAAACCAUCAAAUCAGGAUAUCCAGACCGACACACCAAGGCAAGGCGAUGAACACGAAGAUGUGCUGCAGCCCACUGAUUCACAGAUGGAGCAAGGCAUUGGCCCGAGGUUGAAUCUGAACAAGAUUGAUAAGAAUAUUCAUGACGCGACGAAAGAUAGAGAACGAAAGUAUGCCGAGAAACAUGGCAAGAAACUCGAGCCACCUUCGGAGAUGGGCCAGGAGUCUCAUACCAAGCCUAUCAGAGUUUUUCAGCAGCUUGGACCUCCACAAGAGGUAGACGAGAAUAUCGGGUCAAGACUAUUGCCUGAUCAUCUUGAUUCAGAACGGCACCAUCAAGACUUUAACGAAGUCGACGACGAGAAGGAUGAUGAAGAGACGACUGACGAAGAUGUGGACGCAACGCACGGUCAAGGAGAAGAUGACCACGUGCCAUUGAACAAAAUUCAUGAAGAGUUACACAACCAUCACACGUUAUGGGCAGUCCUCAGGACCAAGCUACGCGAACCUCUUGCAGAAAUUCUUGCAAUAAGCUCAACAGAUUGUCUNCAACCCAUCUCACAUUCUGAUCUUCUCCAGGUGUUCGUCCUGAUGACGAUUGGCAUCUGUGCCAAUAUUGCACACAACAUUGCUAAUAAAGGGUCCAACGAUUCUAUGGCGUGGUCCUGGGGAUUCGGUACGAUGACUGGCAUCUACAUCAGUGGAGGUGUGUCUGGAGGACAUCUCAAUCCAGCAAUCACCAUCAUGCUCUACGUCUUCCGUGGCUUCCCGAAGAAAAGGAUCCCUGUGUACAUCGUCGCCCAAUUGCUUGGAGCAUACAUUGGCUCACUUGUUGCGUAUGGUAUUUAUCGGAACUGCAUAAUCAACUACAUGGAGGCCAAUCCAGAGCAGAUGACCCAAGUCUAUAACUCAUUUGUCACAAACCGCGUGGAAGGCGUAGCUGAUGCUGCCUCAGGCUUUCUGACUGAGUUUGUUGCUACAGCAUUUAUCGGUGUUGUUGUAUUGGCUCUGGGUGACGACAGCAAUGCACCUCCUGGAGCAGGAAUGAAUGCGUUCAUCCUCGGUCUUGUCAUCAGCAUCAUGGUCAUGGCUUUUUCUGCCAAUACUGGUGCUGCGCUCAACCCUGCUCGCGACAUGAGGCCUCGCUUGGCCUUGAUCACAGUUGGCUUCAAUAAACAUGACCUGUUUGGAGACGGCUGGUGGGUUUACGGAGCAUGGUGUGCCCCUAUCGGCGGAGUAAUUGUCGGCGCGAUCCUCUACGAUACUGCAAUCUUCGUAGGAGGAGAGAGCCCAAUUAACUACCCUAAAGAUAGUGUUAGACGAGCUGGGAGCAAGGCCAAAUCAAGGUGGAGGCAUAGGUUCAAGCGCAGGGAGAGAUAG